AUGGUGUUGCACAUCGACACAGGCAGCGCGUGGCAGUUGCAAUGGCGACCUCUUGCCUACCGAGAUCUUGAACAGCCGCCGCCUAGCAACGAGAUCCUCGGUGUCCUGGCUGCGGCGUGUAUGAAUGGCAAACUUUGCUUCUUUCAGGUGCCUCAUCCAAAUGAGCUCAGACACGUCAAGAAGAGCAAAAGCGCUGCUCCAUUGCAAAUUGCACUCAAGCCUAUCCUCUCAUUGGACCUCUUCGAGACCGUUCCGCACUGUUUAGAUUGGGCCUUUCCAGAACGCAUUCUCGUUGGAUGUAGCAAUGGUUACGCGGCUGUUUGGGACCUCGAAGAGCUCCUGUCAGGGAAUGGCCAGCAGCAGGCGCCCUUGCACUACUUCAGGACACAAGAGACUGCCAUCACUGGUGUACGAUGGCACAUGCAUCCCAACACGGACGCCCGCGGCCGUCCGGCUUGGAAUGAGAUGCCAAACUUGUUCACGAGCUGCUCGUUGAUGGGCUCGAUCGCUUUGACGGACCUGACUGACCCUUACCACCAGGCCGAUAUUCGUUUUGGCGGCGUCCCCGCGUACGAUUUGGCAUUCAGCACGCAUGCCAAUGCUGCGAUCAUCGAGGGCAACCUGUACGGCGUUGAUCUAUUCUUUUUCACCAAUCCCCACUUUGGCCGCAAAGCCAGGGUAGCCGAGCAUCGAGCGCCAACGCUGGCCAUAGCUACGUCGGACUAUCAUCCGUUACUUGCGACCGGCUCGGCGGAUGGAAGCGUACGCAUGGUCAACAUUUGGCGCAAUCUCAGCAAGAGGGGUGCCAAGGCUUCUGUCCAGCUGUUUCGCCUCACAUGCGGCACAGAGAGUAGCGAGCUCAGGGUGCUCGACUAUUUCUUGCCUGAUAUCUUGGUGGGUAAGAAGAGACUAUGCUACGCUGGAGCCCACGCAUUGACUGCCUCUAAUCCACACAGGAUUCCAGGCACAUCGUUCGACUGGCCGCCGGAAGUUGCCAUCACGGACGUCGCAUGGAGCAGGCACAUCAAUCGGGGCUACCUCCUCGCGAGCGUAUCUGCGUCUGGCCUAGGCAGAAUUCAAUGGGUCGGAGAAGCGCCUCACAAAGAAAGGUGA